AUGGAAUCCGACAAACGUUCAGUGUCUUUGACUCCAACAUUGAAUGGAACAGAUAUGUUUUAUCCUAAUAUGCAGGAGAAAAUAAGUGUCGUGCAUCACUUUGACAAAUGUUUAAAGUACGCCAAAUUUGAAAUUGAACGAUGUGUUACGGAACCGUCAAACGACGAGAGUGCUUUGUUGACCGGCGGCGGUGUGAACGCAUUUCGCAGGAUGAUGGACGCUAGAACCGAAACGAAACCACCGCCACUAAAGGACGUCAGAAGUGGUAGAUUCACAGCAAAAGACAAACUCUACAAUGACGUAUAUGUGGAACUGAAACGAUCUGGAGCAGAAUUUCCAAAAUCUCUUCUCCCUGAUGAAGUUAUGAAGCAGGUUGGGGCGAUUGUUGACCUGCUCUGGUACAUUGAUGGGAAUGUAUCUACUAUUCAGGAAAGGUCUACACACGUACCAACAGAGAUCACACCAGUGCCAAAUAGGUAUUGCUAUUAA